AUGACAGCCGUGUGUCUGAUCCCUCUCUGGAGCAAACUGCGGGCUCUCCAAUCCACUGGCCGGAAGCUCACUGGACAGAUGACAACCGAGGGUCCCAAAGGGGAACACCCAGGCCCCGUGCUGCCUGCGAGCUCCUGGGGAGCAGUGGGAGCGCCGGGAACUACGGGGGUCCCUGUGGUUGCCACCCCAAGCUCUCUCCGGUUGUUUGUUGGGCGAGGCCAUUGGAAACCUUGGGGCAGGCCGGCACUGCGUCUGACGAGUCCAGCAGUUGGACCCCGGCGGGAGAACCCAGAAGGAGGACCGGGCGCCCCAGGCCUGGUCCCGGCGACCCCUCCCGAAGCUCUCCGGCCUGACGCUGCUGUCCCCGUCUCGGGAGCUCAGCCCGCUCUUCUCAAACGGUUUUUAGGAAAACAAGACUUGCAGAUGGAAACCAAGCGCAACUUCCCAAUUAAUGCACGGAGGAGCAGUUUUCUCUGCCGGGGUUGCGCCUUCUCACUGUUGCUCGCUCUUCCUGUACUGUCCGCGGUGCAGAGCUUGGCCAGGACCCCAGACAGGGACCCCAGGCGGGGACCCCAGGGGGGCCCCAGGCAGCGGGGACCCCAGGCAGAGACCCCAGGCGCAGCGUCCGCGGCCGCGCUCCCGCCCCUUUUCUUCCGUCCUCGGCCUCACAUCUUCCGAGCUUGUGACGAAACCCUUCAAAACGCGGUCUGCUUAACAGAAACAGAGGGUGCGGGCGGCUGCAGGCAAGGUGUCGCCGCGGGAGCUGAGACGCGGGAAGCCGCCUCCGCGCCCAGCGCGCGGGGAACCCGCGGACGCGGCGAGGGCUUCGAGCUCCGGACGCGGGGUCCCCGCCGCCUGCUCCGCUCAGCUCCCGGCCGCACGCCGCGCGCGUCCCUGGGCGCUGCCCCCUGCGAGAACCGUGCAGGUGCUGGUGAAUCUGGAAAAAGCACAAUUGUAAAGCAGAUGAAAAUUAUACAUGAGGCGGGGUAUUCGGAAGAGGAAUGCAAGCAGUACAAAGCGGUGGUCUACAGCAAUACCAUCCAGUCCAUCAUUGCUAUUAUUAGGGCCAUGGGAAGAUUGAAGAUAGACUUCGGUGACUCAGCUCGGGCGGAUGACGCCCGCCAGCUCUUCGUGCUCGCUGGAGCCGCCGAAGAAGGUUUUAUGACAGCAGAACUUGCUGGCGUUAUAAAGAGAUUGUGGAAAGAUAGUGGUGUGCAAGCCUGUUUCAACAGAUCCCGGGAGUACCAGCUGAACGACUCCGCGGCGUACUAUUUGAAUGACUUGGACAGAAUUGCACAACCGAACUACAUCCCAACCCAGCAAGACGUUCUCCGGACCAGAGUGAAGACCACUGGAAUUGUUGAAACCCAUUUUACUUUCAAAGACCUUCAUUUUAAGAUGUUUGAUGUGGGCGGCCAGCGGUCCGAGCGGAAGAAGUGGAUCCACUGCUUCGAGGGGGUGACUGCCAUUAUCUUCUGCGUGGCCCUGAGCGACUACGACCUGGUGCUGGCUGAGGAUGAAGAGAUGAAUCGAAUGCAUGAAAGCAUGAAGCUGUUCGACAGCAUAUGUAACAACAAGUGGUUCACGGAUACGUCUAUUAUCCUUUUUCUAAAUAAGAAGGAUCUCUUCGAGGAAAAAAUCAAAAAGAGCCCUCUCACAAUAUGCUACCCAGAAUAUGCAGGGUCAAACACAUACGAAGAGGCAGCUGCGUAUAUUCAGUGUCAGUUUGAGGACCUCAAUAAGAGAAAAGACACCAAGGAAAUAUACACCCACUUCACCUGUGCCACCGAUACUAAGAACGUGCAGUUUGUGUUCGACGCCGUGACCGAUGUCAUCAUAAAGAACAACCUAAAAGACUGUGGUCUCUUCUAAGUUUUGCAGUUAACGGUACAGUGCGUUUUCAAACCAAAUGAGUACUUAUCCGUGGAUCUCUCUAGACUAGGGUCUUGCAGCGACACAGAAUGUAGCAUGUGGCACGUGCACCUGGUACCUGACCAAAGUUGUUCUGUUCUGUUUCUUGAGCUAAAGGUCACAGAAGGACCUUUCCUAGAUGCAAAAGGGGGUCCUGCCUGCCGCGAGAAACUGGAGGGCCGUGUUGAGGCUGGACUCUAGGGUGGGGGUCGUGUCUGUGUAAGUGUAAAUACCCAACUGUGUGGACGAUGUAUUUAUGACUUUAACUUUCCACAUGACUUUUAGGUUUUAGGAGUGGCAACUUACAGCUCUAGUGUGAUGGCUUUGGAAAUAACAUAAAUGUUAAGUACCCUGUACUGAAUGACAGACUAUUACGUGUUUGCCAGUUUAAAAAAGCUUUAUUUAAAUUUGUGUCCUGUGAAUUGUUAGGCACGGUAAUUAACAUUAGGAAAUGUCACAGCCCUUUUCUUGGAUUGUAUGUACUUAUAUUCAUAAAAAUGUUAUUUGUACAAACAUUGCACAGACUAUUUUAAUACCAUCAUUUGUUCUUUAAAUUUAAUGUUUUAUUGAAAUGUUCUUGGAGAGAGUGAGUAUACAUGCCUUGGGAUCAAUGAUUUUAAAAUUGUAUGCAUUUUAAUUUUUCUUUAAAGAGUGCAUGCUGCUCUGAUUCUAUAUUAGAUUUGGUUUGAAAAACUAAAAUUUCAGAUUUUUGAGACUAUACUAUCUUACAAAUACUUAAUUUGUAUUCGGUUUAUUUUCACUUUGAAUUUUAAUAUCUAGACAGUAUUCAUGCAUUACCUUAAAGGUGAUGCCAGAUUACUUUUAUACACUUUAAACAAUGACAUUUUUAUUUGUAACUAAGUUUGGGUGGAUAUCGGAAGGAUUUUUGUGGGUACAAAAAAUUUUAGCAUAAUGAAUUUUGAGACAUUCAUUUGUGUAUUUCCUUUGGGAAAUCCCUCGUACUUAGCAUACGUGAUAGUUCCUUGUUUGGAAGAUACCAAGAAAGAUCUUUGGAUAUUCUUGCUGAUCUUAUGCAAGCUUUAAAUUCACAUAUGUAGCUAGUUUCAAAUUUAAUUAUUAUACUAUGUUAAAAAUUUUUCCCUUAGGUAUUCAGCUUUCCUUGCCUUUGCUUGAAUUUAUAUUUUCUUUUUAAAUUAUUGUAUUUUUUUGAGAAUUAAAUGAGCAAUUACAUUUAGAACAUGAGUAAUAGUACUUAACAAAGUCAGUGAUUAUUUGUAUGCACAAAACGUGUUACAUAGCAGCUACUCAGCCUUGACAGAAUCAUUUGUCUUUUGAUUAUUUACCGUGUCUCUGUGACCUUGUUUUAACAAAAUGAUCAGUAUUCCCCACCUUAUUUCCCUUUUUUUAUUCAUCCUGAAAAACUGAGUCUUUUAGUAAGCUUCGGUGGUAAGUAGUUCCCAAGUUAAUCCUGUGUCACGCUAAGUCUUUGUUGGUGUCCGUGUGUCCGUGUGUAUGGUAACCGUAAACCACGUCUACAGCUGUUUGUUUGGGCCUUUUUUCUUUUCUGUAAAGUGGAGAAACUCAGACUUACCAAAUCCCUUAAACGUGUCAGUUAGGUUCUUCCUGUGCCUUUCAUGAAAGAUCUGCGUCCCUUCAUUGUACUGGUGGGAGACCUGUCAAAACUGCAUUGUGAGCUCUGUGUGAAACUCUGAAUAUGAAUAAAUCUGAAUGAGAAAGAAGGUUGAAAAUGCCACAUAGAAGCACAUUUUGGUGACCAUCAUUGGUGAAUUCCUGAACUUUAUUCUGUGUAAUUGUGUUACUAAUGAAUCCUAAUAAAUUUAAAUUUUUAAAAUUUUACAAA